AACAAGGGUGGCGCAAUUACUCAUCGUGUAGUCACAAGCAUCUUAAUCGGGGGGCACCGAUCAACUGAGAGUUUGCUCGUCACAAACCUUGGACGCAUGUCAAUGAUCCUUGGCAUGAAAUUUCUACAAGAACACAACCCCCGAGUUGACUGGGAACAUAGAGAGGUCACGUUCUCAAGAUGCAGACACACGAGGAAUCAACGAGUCAAAGUAUGCGAAGAAGAAGUCAACCUUCUAUUGCAACCCCGGCUCGAAAAUGAAGCAAUUCUCCCUGACGUACACAUGGAUGACGGGUGGGAUCAGGAAGAUAGCUUCAUCAACUGGAUAGACUUGCAAGACCAGGAUCUUCGUAACAUGGUGCACGACAUCCUAGGCAUAAGCAAGAAGGUAAAGGAGCAUUUGGUAGAACAACCGGCAGAAGGAACACAGGACAAAGAAUAUUGGUCCAAAUUCGUCCCUCCAGAAUUUCAUUAA